AUGGCCGCACUGCGCAGGCUGCUGCUCUCCUUCGCCCGCGCCUCCGAGCCCGGGGCGCUCGCGCGCCCCAAGGCGACGACACGGGUGAAAGUUGUCACCGGAGCGUGCGUCGCCGCCGCCGCCGCCGCCGCCGCGGCGUUCUACCACCGGCGGCCCGGACUCAGGAGCCACGUCGAGGCUCGGCUCGUGCAUCUGGCGCUGCCGUCGGUUUCUGCCACGGAGAAGUCGAGGACGUACGGCCUGGACGAUGGAGACGUGUACAUGUCGUCCUACGAGAACAGAUUCCGCCUGUUCAGCUCGGUGGAGUUCGAGGGCCAGCUCUACAUGACCCCGCUCAACUUCAUCGAGUCCGUCACCCUGAACGAGCCCAGGAGCAGGAGAGCCUGGCGCUCGCUCACGAGGAAGGAAUUAGACAAGAUGCUGGCUGAUACCCCGCCUGUUUGGAAAGGAUCAUCCAAUUUGUUUAGAAAUCUUCGUGAGCGAGGCGUCCUCAGCUACACAGAAUACCUCUUCCUGCUCUGCAUCCUAACAAAGCCUCACGCCGGCUUCAAGAUCGCCUUCAACAUGUUCGAUGCAGACGGGAACGAUAUGGUGGACAAGCGGGAGUUCUUGGCGCUGGAAGAAAUCUUCCGUAAGAAAAAGGACAGAAAAGAAGUGACUGAAGACGUGCAAAGGAUGGACCAGCAAAGUCUGGAGCUUUACGGUCAUCACAAACCCAAACCACACACUGUUCUUAAAACCGCCGGUCCGCAUGCGGAGGCCCGGGGCAUGUGGGAUGCUCUCCGACGAAGCACGAGCCAAGUUCUGUUUUCUGAUCUCGCCGAGCAUGCGGACGAGAAAACAGAGACGACGCUUUUGGUGCAUUUCUUCGGGAAAAAAGGCAAAGCCGAACUGAAAUUUGAGGAUUUCUACAAGUUCAUGGACAACCUGCAGACGGAGGUGCUGGAGAUCGAGUUCCUCUCCUACUCCAAAGGCAUGCCCACCAUCAGCGAGGAGGACUUCGCCCGCAUCCUGCUGCGCUACACCGACGUGGACGACGUCUCGGGCUACCUGGACAACCUGCGCCACAGCAUGCCGGACGAAAAGGGAAUCACGUUUGAGGAGUUCAGGUCCUUCUUCCAGUUCCUCAACAACCUGGAGGAUUUCACCAUCGCCAUGCAAAUGUACAACUUCGCUAACCGCUCAAUCGGUCAAGACGAGUUCAGCCGAGCGGUGUACGUGGCCACCGGCAUCAAGCUGAGCCGCCACUUGGUCAACACGGUCUUCAGGAUCUUCGACGAGGACCGCGACGGCAAACUGAGCCACAAGGAGUUCAUCGGCGUCAUGAAGGACCGGCUGCACCGCGGCGACGGGGGAGUCAAAAUGGAGGAAAAGUUCGUCUCCUUCAAGUCCUGCAUGAAGAAGGAGCUUUCAGGCAAAUAAGGUGGAGAUCCCAGCGGCGGGGAUCGGCUGGGCCUCCGCUGCUCUGCCGGGCGGGACGGGGGCGGCUAAUGCGUGCCGCAGCAUCUCUCUGCACCGUCUUAAAAGUCUCAAAACAGGAUGCGGUCUUUUCUAAUGGGAAGCAAAUGGACGGCGGCCACGAGCGAGCCAUGACGAAGACCCGGAAUCCACUUAGCUCACUUUCACAGGACGCUAAACUGCACUAAUCUGCUUUUCUUAAUGCAUUUUGAAGGAGAUAAGAAAUAAUUUAUUACAGUUCGCGAUUACUGAUAUUUUCAAGGUCAUCUUGUGACCUCUUGGCCCGGGUGGUUUGAAACUGUGAAUCCCCCCUCUGUCCCGGGAAUGAUUCUGUUGCUUGCAUGUGUUCUGCAGCGCCCCCCCCCCCCCCCCCCCCCCCCCCCCCCUCCCCCCACCUUGCCUCUGUGCUCUGCAGUGAAAUCUGUCCGGGAUCCUCCUGAACGCUCUCGCUCUGUGGCUCCUUCACUCUUUAACUGCGGGCAGCUCGGCCAGUUAAUCAUUUCUGGGCUGGCCAGUGAAGAGAAGCGCUGUUAGAUCUCAAAUGGGAGGCGACCUCUGGAUAAUACAGUAUGCAAAAUAUGGAAGCCAUAUGUUUGUCUCACUCCGGGGACUCUCAGCUUGAAUUAUCAUCGGUUUGAACCAAAUGUUACAUUAAAUAACCUUU